GAACUUCUGCUCCUUUCAAAACUUUUGUUCCUUUCAAAAAUAAAACAUUUCUGUUCCUCUCCCCUGUUAUCCUUUUGUAACUAACAGAAGAGGAUUGCCCGGCGUCACAAAGAUGGAGAGCCAAGGAGUUAAUCAAACAGAUGAGUUCAAAAACCAAAUUACAUCAUCGACCUUGUCUCCAUGCCAUGCAAAAGAUGAACUUCCAAAGGUGGAAAAAUGGUGGGGAUUUGCUGAUCUUUAUGAGUACGAUGGCUUUUGGUACAGAAUUGAUUGGCUGGAAGGAGCCAUAGCUGCUAAAUCAAAUUUUCAGGCUCAAGACAAUGAUUUUCUGCUUUCAUCUCCACCAAAAUCAGGAACUACCUGGCUUAAAUCUCUUAUGGUCUCCAUUAUGGACGGUCAUGCUGCUCAGACUUUCAACAAUAUCAAUGAUGCCAAGGAUCAGUAUGACCUUUUGGAAGAAAAUUUUCCCCACAACUUGAUUCCAUGUUUGGAGAUGGAAAUCUUCAACCCAUUAAGAGCAUCAGAAAACCCAGAUUUAAAAGCUCAACCAAGGUUAUAUCAAACUCAUGUACCGUAUUCAAUGUUGUCUGAAUCGGUCAAAAACUCAGGCUGUAAGAUUGUAUACAUUGCUCGAGAUCCCAAAGAUGUACUGGUGUCACUAUGGUACUUCGUCAAUGCAGCUAAGAAGCCCGAGGAGGAACCAUAUCCUAUGGAAGAUGCCUUUGAUAGUUUCUGUAAGGGAGUUCACCUCUUUGGACCUUUCCAUGAUCAUGUUCUUGGCUACUGGAAAGAAAGCUUAGCCAGGCCUGAUAAGAUACUCUUUCUGAGGUAUGAGGAUAUGAAAAUGAACCCUAGAGGUGAAGUGACUAAGCUGGCUUCAUUUCUUGGUCGCCCUUUUAUUAAUGAUGAUGAGGUUGAUAGGAUUAUAUCGAGAUGUAGUCUUGAAAGGCUCAAAGGUAUGCACGUAAACAAGGAAGGACGUGCAGACAGUGGGCUGCCUAAGAGUUCCUUCUUCAGGCGUGGUGUUGUUGGGGAUUGGAAAAAUCACUUGACACCAGAAAUGAAGGAACGUCUCGAUGAAAUCGCUGGCAAGAAAUUUCAAGGGGCUGGUUUGGAUAUAUACUAUCCUUAAUCUAAUCAAACUAGAGAGGAAUGCAACACCAAUUUCUCUUACAUGCAUGAACCGCUGAUCGUGCUCUUUUUUUUUAUUUAUUUAUUUUUGUUUCAAUGUGAUGUUUUAAUGUUUGACAUGUGUGUAUUUUAUGUGUUUUAUUAUUUAGUUUUUGUGUGUUUUAGCUAUUUUUAUAGCUAAUUAACUAGAUUUCUAAUUAAAGUUUGUAUUUUAUGGUUUAAGUGUGAAACAUUGCAUUCAAGUAAGUCGUUUGUAAGGAAAUCAACCACUUGAAUAAAGCUACUUUAUCAGUAUGAUGUCAAAA